AUGGCGUCCGGGCCCAGUGAAAUGGUUCCCUCUACGUCGGAGGACCCGUUGCCUCGUCCGCGACCCAAACCCAUCAUGCAGUUGCCAACGGUUUGCGUCUCCGGACUGCCUGAAGCAAAUCUGAACGGCUUCGGCUUCACGCAAUACCGGAAUCCGCAAGAGAGUCCGUUGGUUUCGCCGGUUUUCGUCGAAACGGCAGUGGUAAGCGGUGUUUUUGAGGCUAUUUUUUGCAAUAAGAAACAAAAUUUCCCCUUUCCAAACAAACUUCCUGAACUUUUCACCGUUCCAAAAAUAAUUCCGGCAUAAAAAUAGCGGCAUUUCCAGCGGAUUUUGACGCACGUUCUGACGCGCAAAAAACGUUUCAGAAAAAUUCGGAAUCCGUUCUUUGUUUGGGGACGCCGGAUUCACGGCCGAUUGGGGAUUCGUUGACCGGCCCGCUUUUUUCUUGCAAGAAGGAAGUGGAAUACGUGAAAAAGUCGGCGAAAAAAUGAGACAGGACGCGUUGGUCAGUACAGUAGGAGAGAAAAAAUUACGGUCGAACAGUUUCAGAGCGUCGACAAAUGGAAGGUGACAUUUUAUACGAAACACAAAAUGUCACGGAGCGUAUUUUACAUUUUAAACAGAGACUCCUCCACUUGAAAUUCUAAGCUAUGUGACUGUUUUUUUAGUCACUACGAAUAAGGGGACAUUUUAUACGAAGAAAUUUUUUGUCGUAUAAAAUGUCACCGUCGUUGCAACUGUCGUAUUUUACAUUUGAAACAAAGCCUGCCGAUCGUCGAGCUCUAGGAGGAUUUUACAUGCUACCUGAUUUUAUCCCAAUUACGACCUGAGGGGACAUUUUAUACGAAGAAACGUUUUAUUGUAUAAAAUGUCACCCAAUGAUUUUUGAAUGCACCGUGCUGUAUUUUAACCAUUCAUCUCUCAUGUUUAACCAACUGCAAGGCUUCAAACCCAAAAAGUUGUCUCGAAAUGACAUUUUAUACGAUGAAAGCUUUCAGCGGAUAAGAUGUCGCCACUGCGCUUACAGAUGUUUUAUGGGAAAUAAAAAGGCUUCCGUAUAAAGAGAAAGGCCUCUAAAAUCAUUUUUCAAGCCUUGAACCAUGAUUAAACACUAUUCAACAUUGAUUUUUUAGACUUUUUAUUUGAUUUUUUAUUUUUUCAGGCGGAAAGCCUCAACGCAUUUCGAUUGCAAAGUGGGGGCGCCACCAGUGCCCUAUUACUGGACCGCCUUGAUCAUCGGCAUGAACGGAUGUCCUCAAGUUCGUCGGAUUCUGGAGUCGCGUUCCCUUUUUCACCUCCAGCGCAUACCUUGGGUAUGUAUGUUACAGUAACCCAAAAAAAUCAUAAGAGUUUGAUUUAAAUCGCAAAAAUUAACUCGUAUUUUAUGCUAAAAAUUUAUUUUUGGCCAUUAUUUUUUAUCAGCAUCAAAAUUAAGGGUUAUUUUAGGAAUUACAGUAACCCCAAAGCCUAUAUUAAUCCCUCAUUUCCGCUAUGUUAUCGGAAAUUUUAUUUAAUUUCGGUCUUAUGACAAGACAACCCACUUCUAUUUUUUAUUUUUCAGCAAAAAAAUAUUUUUUUAAACGUUUUUAUUAGUAUCUUUUCUUUUUUUAGGCCUCAGUUCCCCUUCAUUAUCAAUGUCAAUUUCGCCGCCCGGCCUCUCGCCGCUGCAGAUCAGCACGGACAGCGCGUUCUCCACACCCACACCGAACAGCGCCCACCGGCGGCGGUCGCACUUCACAUUUGAUAAUGUGACCUCGCCCAUGCAGAAGAAAGGUAGAGUUACAUGACGAGUUGAAGAAAAACAGUAAAAAAGACAUUACUAUCGCUGAUUAAUAGCAGAAAUAUAGCGUGUUAUAAACACUAGUACAUCCCAAAAGCAUUAAUGUUUCGAUUUUUUAACAUUUAUUCUGAAGUUGACAUUUUAUACGAUAAAAAUCUUUCUUCGUAUAAAAUGUCGCUAGAGCAAAAACAAACAACCCGAAGUUUUAUUUUCUCGGGUAUUACAACAACGUUUUUUUGUUGAAUUUACAUUUUUUGUAAUUGGAAAGACAUUUUAUACGAUGAAAAUGUUUUAUCGUAUAAAAUGUCACCAUCGAUAUUGUGGAUAGAAAAUUCCUUUUUUACACUAAUUUUUGAGUUGUACACGCUUUAUAAGCUAAAAUACAUAAUUUUGGGUCAGGGUGACAUUUUAUACGAUGAAAUGUUUUCAUCGUAUAAGAUGUCUUCUAGCCCCCAAAAAUUUUCUUGGUAAAUAUCCAUGGUAAAACACGCUCUUUAGGCUUGCUUUGAGUGAACUUAAAGAAAUUUCUGCUUUAAUAUUCACUUCAAAGUUUAAUUUUGUUUUCUUCAGACGACUCCAAGCCUGAAAAUCUUCUAGACCUCAGCAAAAACCUUCAAGCCAACAUGUUAGCGCAGCUUUUGCGCCAUUCCAAGGAGCAACUCCAACCACAACAGCAGGCACAAGAUCCGCUGAGGCAGUCCGUUUUCCGAUCCGAAUCCCUGCCGGCUUGCAAUCCGCUUCCAAAUUCACAGAUCCCAAACUUUGGGCCGAAAUUGGUGAGCCAGAACAGUCAGCAUGACUUGCAGAAAAUGCUACACAACAUCAAUUUGAUGCAACAGGCGCAACGACUGAAUAACAUGAAUUUGACGACACACGCGCCCAUUUCAAGGACAGCUUCGCUGAAUACGCAACUGAUCCCACAGCCAAGCCAGGCGGGGUUAUUGCAACGGCCACCGUUGAAGGUAGGGGAAUUUCUGAAAAAUUUAGAAAUGUUUCUGUGAUGCAAAAUACGUUCACUUCAUCAAAAUACCGGGAAAAAAUUAUUUUCAAACAUUUUUUCUGAUGGUGACAUUUUAUACGAUAAAAAUGUUUUAUCGUAUAAAAUGUCUCUAAAACAAGACAAGUCUAUAAAACAUUGUUUUAAGAAUAACAAACACAUAAUUUGUCACAUUUACAUUUUUUUUUUCAAAUGCGACAUUUUAUACGAUAAAAAAUUUCAUCGUAUAAAAUGUCUCCAAAGCAAAAAAGUAAAAAUAUAUUGAUUUAAGCCAUCAAAAAUCAUUUUUUAUGUUUAAUUUCCAUUUUCUUUGUUCCAAGGUGACACUUUAUACGAUGAAAAAUUUUCAUCGUAUAAAACGUCACUAAAGAUGAAAUAUAAAUGCAAAAUUCUAAUUAUCAAAUUUCUGCAGGCCACAGUCAGCUCUCCCUUGUGUGGCGCAGCGAAGCCAGAGCAUCAGCAACAACCUCUAAGACGGACUGAGAGCACAAAAAGGAAAUUCAAGCAGAACAACGACGAAGAAGAGCCAAAAACAAAGACAACAGUCAGCGUUAGCGUCUCGAUUGAGCCGUCGACCGAGGAGAACGAUGAGGACAAGCAAUUUAUGUGCCGGUUUUGUAAUAAGGUAAGCUUUUUAAAGAUUUUUUGUUGGAAAUUUUUUUAUUUCAAAAAUGAAAUUUUUUUCCUUUUUUUUUGAUAUUUAACUCAAAAAUAUUUUUUCAGGACUUCCGCCGUCCUGACAUCCUCUCUCGGCAUCUUCGUCGGCAUACCGGUGAAAAACCGUUCUGUUGUGACUGCUGUGGCCGUCAUUUCUCGCGUUCCGAUCAUUUGCGGACUCACCGAAGAACACACACGGAUGAGAAGCCCUACAAAUGCGAUGUUUGUCCGUAUGCGGCGGUAAGAUUUUUUAUUUUCAAAAAUAUCGUAAAAUGGGAUUUUCGGGAUUUUUUGACUUGACAAUCUCGAUGAUUUCUGCAAAACGCGAGUUCAAAAUUGAGAAUAUGUCUUAGAAAAGUCAUUUUCUUAAGUUGUUUUAAGUUUCAUCCAAAUCUGAUGUCAUUUUCAAUGUUAGUCAGGGCGCAGUCUGCCGAAGAAAAAAAUUGGUAAAAUGCGUUUUUUAGCAUUUAUUACCCUAUAAAGGGUUUUAAAUUACUUACUGGUCGAUUUUUUUUAUUUUUAUAUUAAAAAAUAUUGAAGUCAGGGCGCAGCCUGCCAUCUGGCCUUUGCUGAUUUUUGGCAAAAACUGCAUCAGAAUCUUGUAAAGUUGUAUUCCCAGCAUCUAUUCAAGUCUUUUUCAGCGCCGUCGCGAUGUUCUGACCCGCCAUAUGUCCACACGUCAUCAGCAAAAAGCCGGCCCUUCAUUCCUCCCGCGAAGGGUUCGAAAGUCGCAAAAAUACGAAACCAAGAAGCUAAAUGCCUCGAGACAAGACCUCAACAAUGACAAUGGCACAACGAAAAGCAAGGUUGAGCCCGAAGUUAUCAGCUUGAGCGACAGCGAAGAGGAGGAGGACAUUUUCAUCGACGUCACCAACUGGGACUCGGACGAAGAGACGGCCCUAAAAAACAGUGUGAAAGAGUCGAGUGAGGAGAAAAGCGAUGCCGAAAGUCAAGGCCAUGAGUCUGCGGUAACUCCCGUCGCUGAAAAAAUGGAAAAGCUGGUGGAAUUGGCCGGGAAUUUAAAUAACAACAGUAUAACCCAACUGGAAUAG